AUGGGGCCCGUGGACGAGAGGGAGACGGACAACGAUGGCUGCCACGGAGACGCGCCCACUGAGGACAAGGGCAAGGGCAAGGACAAGGACAAGGGCAAGGGCAAGGGUAAAGAUGAAGAGGGAAGUCUCUGCUGUCGGCGGCGAGGCGACGACAAGGGCAAGGGCAAGGGCAAAAAAGGCAAGGAUAAGGACAAAAGCAAGGAAAAGCCUCACAUGAACCAUUGGUACGUCGAUGGCAAGAUAUACGACUUCUCCGAGUGGGGAAAGAUCCACCCAGGCGGCAACUUCUUUGCACUGACCCCGAGCUUCCAGCGGGACAUCUCUCCGGCGUACCACGCCUACCACAAG